GAAAAUUCUAUUCCUUCAAGUAAUCUAACACAAGCCAUCUACGAUUCAUUAAUUUCAAUACCGGAACUUGAUGAAAAUUUAGAGGGUGAUGCUGGAUUCUUUUUCGAGUAUUGUGUUGAUUUUACAGACCUUUUGGAUUUUCAAGAAAGCAGCAAUUUAUCCGAAUCUUCCAUUGCAAAUAAGUUAAUUGAAAAAGUUCAAGCUGGUGAUGGAUAUCAUACUGUUAAAAAAUCACGGAAACAUUUAGAUAAAGAAAAACAACGUGACACAGUACCCAGACUUAAUCGAUAUGACUGUAACGGCGAUGUUUCAAUUAAA